AUGUCCUUCGCCCCCGGCUGCGAGGCGACCGAGGAGACCUGCGAGCAGGCCGCGCUGCUGCAGGUCACCGCCGGGAAGUCCGGCGGGCACUCGCUUUGGCCCUUCCCCAGCUUGGCGGAACACGCGGCAGAGCGCGGAGCAGACAUGGAGGAAGGAAGGCUGGAUGAGGUCCACAAGGUCCACAAGGACAUGGAGGCCCUGGCCCUGCAGAAGCUCGCGGAGAUGGAACAUGCCGGCAACCUCAGCGAUUACAACCUGACGCGCGAGGACUUCGGCUUGAGCAACACCACGAUGACUCUCCUUCACUCCGUGCUCACGGAGAUGCAGAGCUUGCUCGCGCAGAUCAACGCCUCCCACCUCGCAGACGAGCAGCUGCUCCUUGACCUUGCGGAGGGCUUCGCUCAAUGCAACAGCGAUUUGUCGUCUCGACAGCUUCAAAGCCAGAACCUGAGCACCCUUGUGAGCGGCGCCAGCAACUCCCACGACGCCUGCCGCACCACAGAGCAGACCUUGUCGGGCCAGAACGGAACCGACUGGCUAACCUACCUUAACAAGGGCAACGAAGCGCUGCCCCAAGACGUGAAGGACUGCAUGCAGGCCUACCUGGACGGCUACAACCCGCAGACGGCCGAGCAUCUGCAGGUCAUGAUCGAUUGCGCAGCCACCAUCAGUAGCUUCUUUGCCAGCUUCGAACCUAGCAUGGUCACCCUGAAAGAUACCUACUUCAGCAGCCUCCAUGCGGUGAACAACCGAAGCGAGGAGUGCCGGGUGGAGCAGUCCACCUUGGAGAGCCACUUCUGUGAGUACCGACAGCAGCUGACGGACAGCUGCGAUGCCAUCGACACGUGCUAUCAAAAUGUCAACCAGACGUGGCUGCAGUUGCUAGCCACCAUUGCUGCUUCGGACUCACGCCGUGAGGCUUCCUACACUGCCGCCAAGAAGGUCAUCUGCUACAUUCAGCUGCUCCAGAGCAACCUCACCCAAGCUGCUGUGCAGGCGUGCCAGGACCUGGUCGUCGACACUUCCGGCCUGGCAGUCCACAUCCCUGACCCCGCGGCAAAGCAAGUUUGCGACAGCUCGCCAGUGGCCGACUUCCCCUGUGAGACCGCCUGGGUGCAGAGCGAGUAUUUGGAUAAGAGCUGGUACACCGGCAACCCGGAGAUCGCCCCCGACACCUGCCCGGGGCCUCAGAGGAGCAAUGCUCAGAAAGCGUCACACAUUCGCUUGCUGUUUUGCAGCGGACGGCUUGUGAGGCAUCAGUUGCGCGGCAAGGACGCCAACCUCGCAGCCUUUGAGAGAGGCACCUGCGCCAUCGUGGAGAGCGCCAACGUGGACCUUGGACAGGGCCGCACCGCAACGGCUUUGGCUUCUCAGGCUUCAGGCAAUCACGUUUGUGCUCUGCUUGACAACGAGGAGACAAAGUGUUGGGGCGACAACAGGCGGGGGCAGCUUGGCUUGGGCGACGACGCUAACAGAGGCACAGGUUGGCCUGUGACAGGCAUGGGGGAUGUGCUGCCUGCGGUGGAUGUAGGUUCCAAUCGCAAAGUCGUGAAACUGAUGGCCGGGAACCAUUUCACCUGUGCCAUCUUGGACGAUCAGUCCGUUAAAUGUUGGGGCUUCAGUGAUGCCGGACAGCUCGGCUUUUCACCCAAUGCUGUGAGCGGCGGCUACGGAAACAACAAUGACGAGGCCGGGGAUGCUCCGGACGAGAUGGGUGACAACUUGCCUACUGUGGACCUGGCGGGCAACCCUGCACUUGACGGCGAUGCUGGCACUCAGAGUGCAUGUGCCAUUGUCCAACACCCAACAGAUGGCCGGCAACUGACGUGUUGGGGGCGGAAUUGGGAAGGCCAACUUGGCCGCGGCAGCGUAAUCGGUGACACCAAGUCUGCACCAACGUACGUGCCAAUCGAUCUGGGUACCGACCUCCACGCAGUGCAAGUGUCAGUUGGCUAUCGUUCCGCGUGUGCUUUGCUCAACACUGGUGCAGCCAGCCGGCCCUUCUUAGUCAAGUGUUGGGGCGUCAAUGACUUCGGGCAGCCAGAGGACAUGGGUGAUGGCUUGCCGGUCGUCGAUUUGGGCACCAAUGCAGGCACCCCACGGAAGGCCAUCUACAUCGCGCAUGGCGGGUGGCAUGUGUGUGCCAUUCUCGAGGGCGGAGGUCUCAAAUGCUGGGGCUGGAACAAUUUGGGCCUUGCCCAUCCUCAACUUUGGCCUUCACAAUAUAAAAUUGGCGACGGCCCCGGCGAGAUGGGCGACAACCUUCCAUUUAUCGACCUAGGGGUGGGCCGGACAGCUGUGAAGGUGGCUGCUGGAAGGGACCACACAUGCGCACGCUUGGAUGAUGACACGUUCAAGUGCUGGAGCGGAUUCGUCAACCGUGUCCCCGAUGCCGGAGCGAAUGACCUCAUCAGGGCCUCGACCGGCCUCGUGGCUGCCUUGGCCUUGGCCACACAGGCCAUGUCCUUCGCCCCCGGCUGCGAGGCGACCGAGGAGACCUGCGAGCAGGCCGCGCUGCUGCAGGUCACCGGGAAGUCCGGCGGGCACUCGCUUUGGCCCUUCCCCAGCUUGGCGGAACACGCGGCAGAGCGCGGAGCAGACAUGGAGGAAGGAAGGCUGGAUGAGGUCCACAACGUCCACAAGGACAUGGAGGCCCUGGCCCUGCAGAAGCUCGCGGAGAUGGAACAUGCCGGCAACCUUAGCGAUUACAACCUGACGCGCGAGGACUUCGGCUUGAGCAACACCACGAUGACUCUCCUUCACUCCGUGCUCACGGAGAUGCAGAGCUUGCUCGCGCAGAUCAACGCCUCCCACCUCGCGGACGAGCAGCUGCUCCUUGACCUUGCGGAGGGCUUCGCUCAAUGUAACAGCGACCUGUCGUCUCGACAGCUUCAAAGCCAGAACCUGAGCACCCUUGUGAGCGGCGCCAGCAGCUCCCACGACGCCUGCCGCACCACGGAGCAGACCUUGUCGGGCCAGAACGGAACCGCCUGGCUAAACUACCUUGGCAAGGGCACCGAAGCGCUGCCCCAAGACGUCAGGAACUGCAUGCAGGCCUACCUGGACGGCUACAACCCGCAGACGGCCGAGCAUCUGCAGGCCAUGAUCGAUUGCGCAGCCACCAUCAGUAGCUUCUUUGGCAGCUUCGAACCUAGCAUGGGCACCCUGAAAGAUACCUACUUCAGCAGCCUCCAUGCGGUGAAUAACCAGAGCGAGGAUUGCCGGGUGGAGCAAUCCACCUUGGAGAGCCACUUCUGUGAGUACCGACAGCAACUGACGGACAGCUGCGACGCCAUCGACACUUGCUAUCAAAACGUAAACCAAACGUGGCUGCAGUUGCUAGCCACCAUUGCUGCUUCGGACUCGCGCCGUGAGGCCUCCUACACUGCCGCCAAGAAGGUGAUUUGCUACAUCCAGCUGCUCCAGAGCAACCUCACCCAAGCUGCUGUGCAGGCGUGCCAGGACCUGGUCGUCGACACUUCCGGCCUGGCAGUCCACAUCCCUGACCCCGCGGCAAAGCAAGUUUGCGACAGCUCGCCAGUGGCCGACUUCCCCUGUGAGCCCGCCUGGGUGCAGAGCGAGUAUUUGAAUAAGAGCUGGUACAAGGACCCUCCGCAGAUCGCCCCCGACACCUGCCCGGGGCCUCAGAGGAUCAAUGCUCAGAAAGCGUCACACAUUCGCUUGCUGUUUUGCAGCGGACGGCUUGUGAGGCAUCAGUUGCGCGGCAAGGACGUCCACCACAACGACGCCAACCUCGCAGCCUUUGAGAGAGGCACCUGCGCCAUCGUGGAGAGCGCCAACGUGGACCUUGGACAGGGCCGCACCGCAACGGCUUUGGCUUCUCAGGCUUCAGGCAAUCACGUUUGUGCUCUGCUUGACAACGAGGAGACAAAGUGUUGGGGCGACAACAGGCGGGGGCCGCUUGGCUUGGGCGACGACGCUAACAGAGGCACAGGUUGGCCUGUGACAGGCAUGGGGGAUGUGCUGCCUGCGGUGGAUGUAGGUUCCAAUCGCAAAGUCGUGAAACUGAUGGCCGGGCACCAUUUCACCUGUGCCAUCUUGGACGAUCAGUCCGUUAAAUGUUGGGGCUUCAGUGAUGCCGGACAGCUCGGCUUUUCACCCAAUGCUGUGAGCGGCGGCUACGGAAACAACAAUGACGAGGCCGGGGAUGCUCCGGACGAGAUGGGUGACAACUUGCCUACUGUGGACCUGGCGGGCAACCCUGCACUUGACGGCGAUGCUGGCGCUCAGAGUGCAUGUGCCAUUGUCCAACACCCAACAGAUGGCCGGCAACUGACGUGUUGGGGGCGGAAUUGGGAAGGCCAACUUGGCCGCGGCAGCGUAAUCGGUGACACCAAGUCUGCACCAACGUACGUGCCAAUCGAUCUGGGUACCGACCUCCACGCAGUGCAAGUGUCAGUUGGCUAUCGUUCCGCGUGUGCUUUGCUCAACACUGGUGCAGCCAGCCGGCCCUUCUUAGUCAAGUGUUGGGGCGUCAAUGACUUCGGGCAGCCAGAGGACAUGGGUGAUGGCUUGCCGGUCGUCGAUUUGGGCACCAAUGCAGGCACCCCACGGAAGGCCAUCUACAUCGCGCAUGGCGCGUGGCAUGUGUGUGCCAUUCUCGAGGGCGGAGGUCUCAAAUGCUGGGGCCGUAACCAUUUGGGCGGUGCCCAUCCUCAACUUUUUCCUUCACAACCUAACAUCGGCGACUUCCCCAACGAGAUGGGCGACAACCUCCCAUUUAUCGACCUAGGGGUGGGCCGGACAGCUGUGAAGGUGGCUGCUGGAAGGGACCACACAUGCGCACGCUUGGAUGAUGACACGUUCAAGUGCUGGAGCGGAUUCGUCAACCGAUUCUAUUGGCAGAGCCUCUUGGUCAGCACGGCAUCCACUAGCGCACGUCAACGGGAUUUCUAG